CGCAUUUCGAGUUCCAAAGAGAAAAUGCUCUUCUUCGUCUUCGCAACUCUGGCUGUGUCGGCCUUUGCUGACGAAUGCACUGAUAAAGGUGGUAGAUGCGUAGGGAUAUUUGAUGAAUGUGAUGGUACACUAGACACAUCGGUAUGCGGAUUUCUGGAGGCUUGUUGCUUAUCAAAGGAUGUAGGCCCAGUUGAACCCACCAACCCUAUUCCACAAGGUUCAUGUGGCCAGAAGUCUUUCUCGAAGAUCGUUGGGGGUGAAGAUGCCCAAGAAGGUGCAUGGCCAUGGCAGGGUAGCUUCCAGAUCGCCUCCUCUGGCAGCUUCAGACACAUCUGCGGAUCUAUCCUUAUCUAUGAUGACUGGGUCCUCACAGCCGCUCACUGUGUCAACGUCGAUGAGGGAGUCGACUCAUACCAAGUUGUGUUCGGUGACCAUGUGUUGUCCGAUAACUCAGGAAAAGAACAAGUCCGCAAAAUCGCCAAGAUCAUCCCACAUCCCGAUUACGAUCUUUACGGAGCUGGUAUCCCCAACGACAUCGCCCUCGUGAAGCUGACCACCCCAGUCUCUCGCAAUAACAACGUCGGAGUAGGCUGUCUCCCAGACUUACUCAGCCAAGACUUUUACGGCAACAGCGAGUGUUUCAUCACUGGAUGGGGCAAGACUGAUGGGGAAGCAGAAGGUAUUCCAGACACACUUCAAGAGGUCAAUAUUGCUGUUAGGAGCAAGGACGAGUGUCAGGAGCAAUGGGGCUACUUCCAGACAAUCCUUGACAGUCAUAUCUGCCUUGGUGAUGGAUUCCCAACUGCUUGCAAUGGUGACAGUGGCGGCCCUGUGCAAUGUAAGGUCGGCAACAAGUGGUACGUAGCUGGAAUCACCAGCUGGGGUUUCAGAGGUUGCACCACUAUGCCAGCCGUCUACACCAGGAUCUCAUUCCAUCUUAACUGGGUCUAUAAUACCAUCAAUGCUAAUUAGGAUUCUCUGUAAUGGAUUGUUCCACAUAUCCAGAAUAGAAUGUGUUGGUUGUAGCAGAUUGAGUGUUAAUUAAAAAUACAUUUGCU